AUCGCUAGAGCCCAGCAGAGACGCACGCGGAGCCAUGGCUUCCAUGGGACUACAGGUGAUGGGGAUCGCCCUGGCCGUGCUGGGCUGGCUGGGCUCCAUGCUGUGCUGCGCCAUGCCCAUGUGGCGCGUGACGGCCUUCAUCGGCAGCAACAUCGUCACCUCGCAGGUCAUCUGGGAGGGGCUGUGGAUGAACUGUGUGGUGCAGAGCACCGGGCAGAUGCAAUGCAAGGUGUACGACUCGCUGCUGGCGCUGCCGCAGGACCUGCAGGCGGCCCGCGCGCUCACCAUCAUCUGUAUCAUCGUGGCCGCCUUCGGCGUGCUGCUGUCCGUGGUCGGGGGCAAGUGCACCAACUGUGUGGAGGAUGAGACGGCCAAGGCCAAGACCAUGAUCGUGGCGGGCGUGGUGUUCCUGCUGGCCGGCCUGCUGGUGAUGGUGCCCGUGUCGUGGACGGCCCACAACGUCAUCCAGGACUUCUACAAUCCGCUCGUGGCGUCCGGGCAGAAGCGGGAGAUGGGCGCCUCCCUCUACAUCGGCUGGGCAGCCUCGGGCCUGCUGCUGCUCGGCGGGGCUCUGCUGUGCUGUAACUGCCCGCCACGCGCCGACAAGCCCUACUCGGCCAAGUACUCGGCUGCCCGCUCCGCCCCGGCCAGCAACUACGUGUGAGGCUCCGGCUGAUCGACUGUG